AUUUCUAUGUGCACCAUGGUGCACAUAAUACUAAUUGUAUUUUUAAAUCUGGAGGGUCAUUUUAUUAGAGCCCGGGUUAUUAACAUAUGUUGUUGUACAUAUACGUUGUUAACCAAAUAAAAAUAUUCGAAUUAUCCAAUUUUUUCAUUUUUUUUUUGUAGGUACUUUAGUUGUAUUGUAUGUAGUUCUUAACGACUAGCUGAGUUGGAUGUAUUAGUAAAGAUAUUAACUGGAUUGGAUAUUAACUGGAUUGGAUGUUCUUAGUAACGUCUAUUUAAUUAUUAAAAAAGAUGUUGCGUAAGAUGUUAACAAUGUAUAAUUAGGUUAUAUGCAAAAUUGGUCUUAGAAGUAUUACCCUUACCCAACUCAGAAGCAAAAUUGGUCUAAAUAAGUAUAUAAUGUGGGACUUAGAAGCAUAACCCUUACCCCUCUAAAUAUGCUCCUAUAUAAAGGCGUGUUGUAUAGGCUCCCUCACCACCAGCCUCCUAAGCAACCGACAUACAAAAUGCCUUCCUCCUCGAAAGCUGAUGUGAUCUCCCAAGGUAUUAGUGACAACAUGAGUGAUGAUGCUGCUUCUCCGAGCAAACCAAGAGAGAAGAUAGCUAGUCUCUCCUCCAGUCAGGAAGAUAGGGCCAAAGUGAAAAAGAGCUUACCAUUUGAGAGUGCAGACAAGGGAAAGGUCGUUGCCCUCACCCCUUCUGACGCCUUACCCCCAGUUGUUGGUAAGGGAAAACGCAAGUCACUUGCCUUAUCCCCAACCAAAGGAGAUAAGGGUAAGGGAAAGGAUGAAGAAGGUAUAUGCAAAGAUAAGAAAGGGAAGGGGGUAAUGUCAUCCAAAAAGGCUAGAAGGUCAUCCCGAAAGAAAAGGAAGCUGGAGUCGAAGAAAGCUUCCUCAAUGUUUGGUGAGGGUGAGGUGCAUCCUUACUAUAGGAAAGAGGUGCUGAAUCCAUGUGUGAAAAGCAAGAUGCUGGCUCAACUGAGGACGUUUUUUGUCCAGGGGAAUGAUGACUCCUCCGGUAGUGACUCCUCCAGCUGCACUGAAGAUGAAUCUGAAGUGCGGCCCACUGUGAGAGAGUCCUCCAAUGCAGGCAACGCGAAUGCUGGUGAAGAGUUUGGGGUGAUUGUGAGGAGCUUAUCACCUGGAGACAUAGGUGUGAUGUACACUAUCACCCUAGAUCAAACCUUUGAUGACAUCUACAACGUCUAUGGUGCUAAACUUGGUUGCCAGCCCACAUCCUUUUGGCUGUCAAAGGAAACAAAUGGUGUGCCUAUUUAUGCGAAAGACACCGCUCGACAAGCUUCAAUUAGGAAUAGAUCAAUUUUAAGCGCCAAUGGGAAGGAUCCAAAAGACAACAUGAAUACAUCAAUGAGGAGGUUCUAUCUUGCUGAUGUCAGUGGGUCUUCCAAGAAGAUGAAGGUCCAAGCACAACUCCAUGUCAAAAUCAAAAAAAUCUACCACAUGGUUGCUGAUAUUUUCAAGGUUGAUGUUAGUCGCAUUGUUCUGUUGCACAAGAACAUGAUCUUAACACCGCAGCACACGGUUCAGAGCGCGGGUAUCAGGAACCGCAAGCGUGUGUAUAUCCUUCCCAUGAAGUGGUAGGAGGUGGAGCGGUGUUCGCCGUUGUUACGGUACUAUCACCUAAAUAAUAUGGACUAGACUUGGUGGCUGAAAUGGUUUCAUGUAGUAAGUUGUUGGAUGAUAUUCUAAAUUGUUGAACUGGAUUUGUUAUGGAAUUGUAGGACUAUAUUCAUGUGUUAAUGGUAUUGUGUAUUGUUAUGGGCUACACUUGUUGUGGUAAUGUAUUGUCUGUAUUUUAUUUUCAAUAUAUGUUUGAAAUGGAAUAGG